AUGGGAAACGUGGAAGAGACCGUUUACGUCGCUUCGGACGAGCUGGACCCGGAGUGGUGGAGCCAGCUGCGGAGCGCGCUGAAGGCCGCCGGCCACGGCGUUGGCGGCGGCGAGAAGUUCUCGGGGCUGGUGGAGAUGAUCAUCUGCACCGCCGCCCGCUCCUUCUGGGGGUCCAGGCAGUCCACCUUCACGGCGGGUAUCCAGAGCUUGAGGAAGACGCUCAGGGAGUCCAGUGGCCCCUGGAGCGUGUCCGAGGAAGAGUUCGGUGUCACGAACAAGUUUGCUUUCCUGCAGUUCCCCACGCGGGCGAAGCCGGGCGUGGCCACGAGGCGCUGGAGUAUCGAGGCCCCGAGCACGGACAAGUUCAUGGACUCCUGCAUGGCGCAGCUCGGCGUGGUGCGCACGAACCAAUACCGCCUGCUCAGCGAGACGGCCUGCGGGGAGCACCCCGCCCCCUGCGGCUCGGCGGACGUGGCGUUCCACCCGUUCAAGUCCAUCCAAAGCUACUUCAGCUGCUGGGGCUUCGCGGACAAGUACGGCCACGGACCAGCCGACCCGCGAGGAUCCUGGGAAGACGGCGACGGCCGCAUGGGCGUCUACUACCUGUCGCGGGACCAGGAGCUCAAGGGCUGACCGGCUGCCUGGCAGAGUCCAGGCUGCCCAGACUCGGGAGCCUUGAGACUUUCAGACGGGGUGCUCCGUGUUUCUGCAUCAAACGGGCCACCGUUGGAGUUCUGCCAGCCGCGACUGCUGCGCGCUGCACUUGAAUUUGCGAAUUCGAACCACGCCCGACAGCAAACGACCCGUCGCCCUCUUAAUUAUGGGCGAGCGCGGCCAUGGCGGCGGCGCGUUCUUUGCGGCUUGGCUGUCCGCAUGGCCGACAGCGCCUGCGGAGUUUGUCGGUCUUUCCGUCUCUCCUCUGGCACGGGCGCUCUCCCAAGACACCCAGCGCCUUGAGACGAGUUAAGUCAGGUUUACUGUAGCUUUC